AGCCUCAACCAAGGUAGUAAUCGUAGGAAUCGUAGGACUCGUUGUUCUUCAGAACAACAAAACACAAACAUUCAAAUCAACCCCACGGAUGAUGCUCAACGGAGACGCUAUCCAAACAUUUUCCAUUUCAUUGCCUUUCUCAGCCAUGGAUUAUUGACCCCUCAUGAACAUCAGCAUGGAAGGAAGCGGCGUUCAGGUGACCUCAUCGGAGGUUUCCCUGACGGGCAAUCCCAUCCUGGAUCUGAUCCUGCAUCCGGAAGUCGAUGUCGAGCGAUUUAUCACCUGGUACGAACUCCAAAAGACACGCAAUCAACGUUCGGCCAGUGUGAAUCGGGUGACUCAAGCCUUUGGCGAGAGUCGUUCCAUGGAUCUCAAGAUGCUCAAGCCCGAAUUAGCCUUGAUCGUGAUUAACUUUAUCCGCGAUCAAGCUGAGAGGAUCUUGACCGAGAGUCAAAGCUGUUAUGAUUCUCCGACUAAGAAAGCGCCCUUGACCGCCAGUAAAUACGAUUAUGCCUCUCCUAUGAAGGCUUUGCGUUCUGCGCCGAAUGCGGCUGAGCGAGAAAAGGUUAACAAAGCAGGGACUUCGAAGGUCGAGGUCAAAAGCGAAGGCAAAAAGAAACGCGUCCAAUUAUUUUCCGCUGAACGUGACCUGGAUCAGGAUGAAAACCUCGUCGAUGUGAAGGUUUUGGCCGAAGGCCCAUCUCAGCUCAAGGAUGAGGAUCGGAAAGUGAAUCUGGAAGAGCGUCUCAAUGCGGCAUCGUCGUCUAACACGUUCGAAUUAAAGAUCCUGACGCAGGAUAAGACUCGAAAACCCGUGACCAAUCGUCGGAGUCUGGAUUCCAUGAAAGAUAAUGUCCAACAUCAAUGGGAGAACAAUCGAAAGAAGAUGUCGAAGUCUCAAUCCGCACCCAAGGUUAACUUGAGCGAUUUCAUCGUGGAGAAGAAGCCCAAAAAGAAUCGUAAGAAUGGUCAGAAUCGUCAAUCGCUCUCCCCAAAUGCGACACUCAAUUCGGGCGAAUCUCGAACCAUUCCGGGAUUGAAUCUCAACCAAGAGAAAAAGAGGUCCAAAAGUCCCCCCAAGUCCAGGUCAUCUUCGGAAGAAGACAGACAUCACUCUAGAAAGACGACCUGGCCUUUGGAGGACAAGAUGGCCACUCUGCAGGAACGAUUUUCUCCAGCUUGUCCAGCCCAAGAUUCGUUUGAAAAGGCGGAAGUUUGGAGCUCGAUUGCAAAUGGUUUUGACCGAAGCGAAAGUUGUCAUGAAAAUGUAGUUGGACCUAAGGUGGAUGAACCUGUUGGCAAAGUUCCCGCCACGCCUCGGAAGAGUUCCAAUCCUUUUGGCGAUGAGCAAGAUUUUGCUCCGGCCGAUCCCGAUCAAGUAACUCACAAAGCGGAUUUAGAUAAACUUGUGCAGAUCUAUAGCUACUGUUUGGACCGAAACAUGGUUCCCAAUCCAGCUGUGGAACUUUAUCUCAUGACGGAAUUGCUAGUUGUUCGGGAAAUGAACGAUCCAAAAUCGGCGGUAAAAGAUGAAUCUCAGUUAAAACUUUUGGACUCGGUAUCGAAUUGUGUUUACUUCGCUGUCAAGUUCUUUGAGCAUCAGUCGGGCCUUUUGGAGUUGCUGGAAUGGGAUUAUCUUCGAUUUUUGGCCCAGAACUCGCGGAUUGAAGCGUUCAGCUCAACCUUAAUGGAAAAAGUACAGACGUGUUUUCAAACUCGGGCCAAGAACUCCCAAGAGAAUCGCAAGAUGUUCUCCAAGGACAGAGUUCUGGAAACUGUUCGAUUCCAAAUGGAAACAGACAAUUUGCAGAACUUUCCAUCCGACAGGCUAUUCCAAGAUUUCAAAAAACAGCGUGAUCUAUUCUACGAAAUCUUGCGUGAGGACGAAGAGCUAUCUGAAGAUUCCAACGAAACAGCUACAUCAACCUCGCUGAAUGAGCGCCAAAAUAUCGGGAAGAAACGGACUUCCACCCCCACCAAAUCCGAGAAAGCCAUCGUCAAGAUUCAACAACUGGUGAACCUGCAAAAACAUCCGGUGAAUCUGCUCCACCUGGCCCAACUGAUCCAUAAUCAAAUGAUGUCUACGUGUGUCGCCGAGGCCUUGGAAUGUCUUUUCGAUGAGGAUGAUAUCAUUGAUAAGGGUCUGAAUCCGCGUAAAUUACGCCAACUUCAAUCUCGAUUUGAAUCCCACGAAGGCGGACAAUCCUCGUUGGUGGGUGGAAUUCUGAAACCCAAAUUUCCGGGUUCGCAAGAGUUCUACCGGAAAUUCAUUCAGAAUUGCAACAGCUUUUCCUUCGUCCAACAUUUGAAGAAUUGCUUGCUUCAAACCAUAGAAACCCACGAGGCCACGUCCUUCACUUUGGACGACUACCAAUCAUCAGGUCCGCGUGUUGAGCUGACUCCCAACGAUUUCGCUCAGUUCUCCACGUCACUUCUCUCACUCAGAAUCUCAGCCAAAUUUCUGGGAUUUAUCGAAUCAAUGCCUUAUCAGUGUUCGUCAGAGAGUUUGUCAGAAACCAUACUGUGUUCCCAACUCAAAUACCGCUUAAAGCUUCCACAACCGUUGGAUUUGCAUCACUUUCUGAAAGAAAGCUUGCGACAAAAGCGUCUCACUUUGACUUUACCUUGGAUUAUAGAGUAUUGUUGUAAUUUGGACCCGAUUGCACAAGAAUCCAAGUACUAUCAAUCUUUCUUCACAUUGCUCGUUAAUGUGUACAAAGUGGUGUUGAUGCCGCUCAAUAGCGACAUGUUUCCAAUGAAUCGUUUCAUGCUGAAUCUCACUCUGGGUUGCUUCUUCGAAAACCCGUUCAUUCCACGAGAGCUGUUCUUCAAUUUUCCGUCCCAUUCCGAAUCCGUUCUCCAAAGGAUUCUACAAGGUGCUCCAACACGAUCCAUCGAGAAACCCCUGGAUCAGUGUGUGUUGAUUUCUCCCAAGUUACUAUUGAUAUGUUGUCCGUAUCUGUCUGAACUGAAGAAAGUCGCGUCCCAAUUCGAAACGGGUGUCAAGAUCCUCAAUGAGAGCCACAACAUGACCAUGCUGAAUAUGAGAAGUGACUUAAGAGCUCAAGGAAAAGAGUUUGCCAGCUCCGAUGGUAGACGACGGGCUAAUUUGAUUGCUAUCAGCGAGUUCACUGGAGUUCUGAGAGAUCCGGCUUUCAUCUCGGACAACGACUUGAAGAAGCAAAAGGAGCACCACUUCUUUUACAAUCAGCCUCCCUCAUUGAAAAAGAUUGUGGACUUUGUUCAUGAUAGAAUUGCGUCCAAAAUGAUCAACUUCCUCAUUUCCAAGAAGAUUCCGCUUGAGAUGAGUCGGGUCCAGGAUCAUAUGAAAGAGAUCCUAUCAAUGGUGGGCAUGGGAAUGCAUCAUCCCGUCGAUUCAAAUUCAAGCGAACUCAAAGUGAUCAAAGAGGACCUCAUGGAUCAACUCCAAUCCCUGGCCAAGGUGAAUCGGAGGUCCUUCUUCAAGUCUGUUCGAGCUGAGGUACACAAAGAAUGUGUUGCCCUGUCAAAACAGUCUUUAGAUGCUCUCCUUCCCGAUGACGUGUCUGAUCGAGCUCGAGAGACUUGCGUUCAAAUUAGCGUCACCAGAACAUUAGACGCCAUUGCUCGCUGGAUGAUUGAAAACAUCACUAAUGAUUAUUUCUACACGGAAAAUAGGAACGAAUUUGACCAACUGUGGGAGCGAUUCGUCAAAGGCGAGAUGGGUAGUAACCCGGACAUAGAUGAGAAAAAGAGUGGUUGUCUCUUGAGCACUUCGGAUAAUCCGAAUAAACCCACUCUCUCCGAAAUGAUUAUAGAGAUCAAGACCUCAAUCAAAGCCCUUCAUUUGGAGAAUAGUGACGACCAACUGUGUGCUGAUGAAGUCCGUGAUUGUUUGGCCCGAGUUUCACGAGGGCUCUUAGAACCUCUCGAAGAAGUCUCCGCUCACAUGCUCUCGUCGUUACAGAUGAGCACCGUGGAUUAUUCGGUCUAUUUGCUUGCCAAUGCUCCUCGUUGUAUGACGCCCAAUGUUCAAGACGACUUCGUCCAACUUUGGACAGGAAGUAUGGAGCCUCCGAAAGAUUUGGUCACGUACAUCUCGCCGUGUAAUAUGGAAUUGUUGCGAAAAUCGAGAGAUCCUCGGAAUACCUGGAUGAAAUUGGAACCGUUCCUCAUGCGUCUCCUUAAAUCCGGAUUGGUUGUUCCUAUGGUGCUGGAGACGCAAUGCUUACAACUCUUACGAGUUCAAUGGCCUGUGGACUUUGUCAAAUCAUUCGCUAGCUGCAUGAAAUCUGUGAUGGAGAGCUGGAGUAAGACGCAAUAUGGUGCCACAAAAGAUAACAGCUUUGGCGAAUUGGCCGAUUGGAUGGUCUGGUUUUGGCAAGAUUUGGGAGAUUCUUACCUGGAUGAAUACCCUUCGCUGUAGAUUAAAUCAUAACGUCUGGAAAGCAGUCUUCCUUCCAACUUGCUCAAGUAAACAGUAUACACUCAUUCCCCAGGAGAGCAGUUUUUUGUAAUAUUUACAUUAUUUUGAUGAAUUAAAAGCACUCGCUGAAA